GACAGCCAGGAGGAGGAGGAGGAGCCGGGACUGGUCGAGAGUGACGCGGGGGACGGCGCCCAUUGAGGACCCGGAGCUGGAAGCGAUCAAAGCUCGGGUCAGGGAGAUGGAGGAGGAAGCCGAGAAGCUGAAGGAGCUCCAGAACGAGGUCGAGAAGCAGAUGAACAUGAGCCCACCUCCAGGCAAUGCUGGCCCAGUGAUCAUGUCCACUGAGGAGAAGAUGGAGGCUGACGCCCGUUCCAUCUGUGUUGGCAAUGUAGACUAUGGUGCAACAGCAGAAGAGCUGGAGGCACACUUUCAUGGCUGUGGCUCAGUCAACCGCGUAACCAUACUUUGUGACAAGUUCAGUGGCCAUCCCAAAGGGUUUGUAUAUAGAGAGUUCUCAGACAAAGAGUCCGUGAGGACUUCCCUAGCCUUAGAUGAGUCCCUGUUUAGAGGAAGACAAAUCAAGGUGAUCCCAAAACGAACCAACAGACCAGGCAUCAGCACCACAGACAGAGGAUUCCCAAGAGCCCGAUACCGGGCCCGGACCACCAACGACAACAAUUCCCGCGCUCGAUUCUACAGUGGUUUUAGCAACAGGCCCCGGGGUCGCAUCUACAGAGGCCGGGCUAGAUAGACAUCAUGGUAUUGCCCUUACUAAAAAAAAAGUGUGUGUUAGGAGGAGAGAGAGGAAAAAAAGAGAAAAGAAGGGGGAAAAAGAAUUAAAAAAAAAAAAAAAAAAAGAACAGAAGAUGACCUUGAUGGAAAAAAAAUAUUUUUAAAGAAAGAUACACUGUGGAAGGGGGGAGAAUCCCAUAACUAACUGCUGAGGAGGAACCUGCUUUGGGGAGUAAGGGAAGGCCCCGGGGAGUGGGGCAGGGGCUGCCCUUUCACCCUGGGGAUUCGCCGUGGACACGCCUCACCUGCGCAAGCUGCUCCCGUGUUUUCCCUGUCCCGAUUCACCCCCUUGGGGGCUCCUCAAGGGUAGGUGGGUGUGGGCGGUAGGAGGGUUUUUUUUACCCAGGGCUCUGGAAGGAUCCCCAACUGUUCUGCUUGUUACCUCCCCUCCAUCUUCUCCCUCACUUUCUCAGUCCCUUCCCGCUUGCUCCUGUCCCGCCAGCUCCCCCACCACCCCCUACCCCAUCCCAGUCCACUCCCUUCUUUGGCUUCCUGCCCCUCCAGAUUGCCUGGUGAUCUGUUUUGUUUCCUUUGUGUUUCUUUUUCUGUUUUGAGUGUCUUUCUUGGCAGGUUUCUGUAGCCGGAAGAUCUCCCGCUCCGCUCCCAGCGGCUCCAGUGUAAAUUCCCCUCUCCUCUGGGGAAAUGCACUACCUUGUUUUGGGGGUUUGGGGGAUUUUUUUGUUUGUUUUAUUUUUCAUGUUUUUUUUUCUUUGCCUUUUAUUUUUCCCUUUUAUUUGGAGGGAGUGGGAGGAAAUGGGGAACAGG